AUGUCUUCUCUCACAAAAAAAAUUUCUUCUUUCUUUCUUCAGUUUGACGUCCCUGAAACUUCAAGGCUUCAAUCAGGUUUCAUUAUCUUCUCCUUAUAUAAUGAUUUCUUGUUUUUGUUUCUUCUACAUUCUACCCUAGCUCUAGAGCAACUUUUUUGGUGUGGAAUGGACAGUGUGUUGCUGUAUUGGCAUGAUAUGCUUAUGAUGGUGGGCCUUUAUGGGGAUCUGAUUCGCUAUCUUUAUGAUGAACCCAUUAUCCUUAUCCCAGAGUGUGAUGGAGCUAGGAUAUUGUCUAACUUAAACAUGGAGUUUCUUCAACGAGUCCCAUCUUCUACUGAAUCUAUCUUUAAGAUUGGGAGCACAGAACCAACAACUUUAUUGUAUGAUGCUUUGGAUCAUUUUGAUAGGAUGAAUGCAAAGGUAGGGUGUGACUUUGAUCUUUGA